UUCAGUUGAACAGCUUGAAUUCUGUUCACUUUUUCACUUUACCUGCCAUUCAAACUACGAAGUAAGCUCCAGAUAAAAUUCAAAAAAAAUUUCUAAUUCUGCAAGAAAAAAAUCAUCCAUAAGUUAUGGGCCCACGUAAGCGUGUCUCCAGAAUUGGCUCACGCCUUGUGGCGGCGGAUAAGGAAAAUUUGACCAGCGUCGCUACCCAAACUGACAUUGUUGGGGAAAUGCCGGGCGGCCCGGCCAAGCGUAUGAAGAUGACCCCGACAUCCAAGCAGCACUCCCCAUUGCCAAUUUCCGACAACAUAUCGAACGGCAUCAACAAGAUGUGCCAAACCGAGGAGCCGGGCUCCACAGAUAGAAUGGGUGGGAGGGUUAUUAAGGCACGCGGCGGUUUUAUUGACCAAAUCGACCAUCUGAAAACGCUUAUGGUGCAACGCCGAGCUGAGGCCAUUGAUUUGGACCGGCAGCGCUUAGCCACGAUGAUCAAGGCAGUUAACUCUGAUCCGCCGCCGUGCUGGCAAGCGGCAUCCAAGAUUUGGAUCGAGAUAGACAAGCUGGAGAAGCGCAUUAAGCGAUACGAUGCCAACGAGGCGCUAAAGAAUGGAAACAAUAAGAAUGAGACCCCAGGAUCUUCAGGAUCUUCAGCUAUCAAGGAGAAUAGCUCUCUAGGAUCCUCAGGAUCUGAACCAACUGCCUAAAGCUCUACCUCUGUAUUUGAUUUAUACUUAAGUUAUCUGUAAUAAUCAAUACUUUACGCUAAUUAACUACCUUAAAAUGUUAAAGAGAUGCAUUAAAGAUGAUAUAUCAUACAAUAUAAAAAUAUA